AUUAAAUUGAAAUAAAUUAUAAGUCCAGCUUUUCCCGGAUUACAUGACUCUGUGGGCCCUAACAUACUACCCAUAAAAUCUGUAAGCAGAAAUCAUCUGACUGGUCCGCUGAGAUGUCUGACUCAGAAACAUCUUGUGUUCCUUACCAACUCUUAGUGGAUGACGACAGUAGCACAGAUCUUGUCACGCCGUGUGAGCCAAUCAGCACAGGUCUCAUACAAGACAAAACCGAGCAACCAAUAAGCAUUAACGUAACUAAAAGCAAAAUCAGCCCACCAAUAAGAAAAAAGAAUAUUGGUACCGUUAAACUCGACAAACCAAUCAAGGUUGGACGAAAUAGGAAUAGACACAUUCAACCCAUCAGAACGGUCCAAACGAAAACCGAAGUUUGUCUGCCAAUCAGGACGGACCAAACAAAAAACAAAAUUGGCCAACCAAUCGGAACAGCCCAACCGGGCAAAGAACUAGGUCAACCAAUCAUGACAGAUCAAACAAAAAAUGACCUUUGUCAGUCAAUCAAAACAGAACAAACAAGCAAACUUCGUCCACUAUUUAGAAAAGACCUAACAGAAAACGAGCUGGUUCAACCAAUCAGGAAAGACCUAACAAAAAUUGACUUUUUUCAGCAAGUCAGGAGAGACCAAACAAAACGAAAACUUGGUCAAUAUAUCAGAGCAGAUCAACGAAAACAGGAACUUAGGCAAAAAAUCGGACAAGACCCACCAAAAAUCAAGCUUUGUCAGCCAAUCAGAGAAGAUCAAAGAAAAAAUGAACUUGGUCAGCCGGACAUCAAUGAACUCAUAAAAUGUAAAACAGACCAACCAAUCAGUACCGAGCCCAAAAUAAAAAACCUUUGCCCGCCAUCAAAACCUGACUUGACCCCGUUAAAGCUUCGCCCUCCAACUGGUUACCACCUCUCAACGAAGAGUAGCCCGCCGAUUAAAAGAAAUUCAACUUCAUCUCCCGAAGACGUAAAGAGAAAACGCGAAUGCUCAAUUAUAAAACCCGAAAUCAAAGCGCAGAAUUCACCCGAUAAAGAACUUUCUAACAUUCCUGCAACACGGCCAGAAUCAAUACAUCUCAAAGUCUCCACACAAAGCCCGGAACUCGACGUGCGCAAUGACAGCGGCAACGCCAAUUUUGAGCACUGCUUUGUUCCGGACGGGCUGAACAACGCGUAUUGUUACGGCGAACAAAUCCAUUUAAAGCCGUGCCACCAAGACGAGUGGAUUAAAACAGCGGAGCUGAGUCCAGACUUCGACCUUUGGGUUGAGCAGAUUAUUCGCGAUCACGAUGAUGACCACACGGACCAGCCCAGCCUCACGGUGAUCGAGACGGAGAGAAUGGUAGACUCGCUGUUCUUUGAUAAUACAUCCUCGAAAGCGACCGUGCCGGAGGACCCAUCCGGCGCAGACUGCUGUUUCAUGAGCGAGAUGGACCUCGGAGACUUUGCCCGAGUCAGAAGUCUCAACCUCGAGAGCAUCAAAGCGGAACAGUGGCGGCGCUACGCCGGGGAAAGGGUGUGCCGCGAGAGCUCUCCGCUCUGCGCCGUUCAACCCAGCCGAACGUGCGUCUGUAGCCAUGGAAACGGAUGCUUCUGGCAGCGUCCCCAGCCACCCGUAGAGGCCAGCAUCUACGUCCCCGAGUUAAUAUAUCCAAACUGUGUCUACGGUUCAGGUAAUGCAGAGUUCUUUUACCGACCCAUCGCCGACACAGUGUGCCGACACGCCAGCCUCCACAACCCUUUCCUGAACGAAUGUCCAGGAUACAAGCCUUACGAACCGGAUUUUGCAGUCUCAGAUUUUGGUCAGUUUGUGGCAUCCGAUGCUAUGAUGAGCCUGGCUAAAGCACGAUUUCUCGACACCCUGGCCAGUCUGAGCAUAAAUUCAGCGGAUCAGGUCGUCAUGCUGAAGCCGGAAGACAUCAGAUACUUUGACGAUCACAUCAAACCGUUUCCGUCGAGUAGAAAGAGCGAGAGCGCCACCGGUGUACGCCCCCGGGCCCCAGAAAGAAAAAGCGCCCCGUCCGCAGGUUUGUUGGACCGGGGCGAUGUGGCGGAAGACGUGGCG